GUCAUAUAUGGCGUGGAUCCUCAACAGCCAUGUACUCCUUUUGUUAAGAAAAAAUCUGAGAUGUUUGGUUUUUCUCAAGGCUGCCUACCCAUGCAUAGAUGGGAUGAACUCAAUGGUUUCUUCAAAAAAGCCGGAGCUGUAAUCAUUUUUGGGCUGAAUGCCCUUAAUGGAAGGGUUCAUUUGCCGGGUGGUUCUUUAGGAGGACCCUGGAACUCCACCAACGCUGCAUCUUUUAUUCACUACACUGUCAAUAAGGGUUACACUAUCCAUGGUUGGGAGCUUGGCCUCUGGGAGAUGGGUGGAGCUCUUCUGCGGCUCCUGGGCUUCUGCUUCUGGGCAUUUCUAUGGCUCUCCAGCUUCGUCGCAGUGGACGCUGUUGGGGCUUCUCCGCCUGCUGGGGCCAGCAAGGGGACCGCCGUCGUCGAUGGGACAACUGCCAUUGCGGUCACUGACGAUGACUUCGUUUGCGCUACGCUGGAUUGGUGGCCGCCGGAGAAGUGUGAUUACGGGACUUGUAGCUGGGGCCUCGCAUCCGUGCUCAAUCUGGUGUUUCAUUUUUUCCUUCCUGCAGAAUCUUUCCAACAAGAUUUUAUUGAAUGCUGUUAAAGAAUUUUCUCCAUUGAAACUCCGCAUUGGGGGCUCCUUGCAAGAUAAGGUCAUAUAUGGCGUGGAUCCUCAACAGCCAUGUACUCCUUUUGUUAAGAAAAAAUCUGAGAUGUUUGGUUUUUCUCAAGGCUGCCUACCCAUGCAUAGAUGGGAUGAACUCAAUGGUUUCUUCAAAAAAGCCGGAGCUGUAAUCAUUUUUGGGCUGAAUGCCCUUAAUGGAAGGGUUCAUUUGCCGGGUGGUUCUUUAGGAGGACCCUGGAACUCCACCAACGCUGCAUCUUUUAUUCACUACACUGUCAAUAAGGGUUACACUAUCCAUGGUUGGGAGCUUGGCCUCUGGGAGAUGGGUGGAGCUCUUCUGCGGCUCCUGGGCUUCUGCUUCUGGGCAUUUCUAUGGCUCUCCAGCUUCGUCGCAGUGGACGCUGUUGGGGCUUCUCCGCCUGCUGGGGCCAGCAAGGGGACCGCCGUCGUCGAUGGGACAACUGCCAUUGCGGUCACUGACGAUGACUUCGUUUGCGCUACGCUGGAUUGGUGGCCGCCGGAGAAGUGUGAUUACGGGACUUGUAGCUGGGGCCUCGCAUCCGUGCUCAAUCUGAAUCUUUCCAACAAGAUUUUAUUGAAUGCUGUUAAAGAAUUUUCUCCAUUGAAACUCCGCAUUGGGGGCUCCUUGCAAGAUAAGGUCAUAUAUGGCGUGGAUCCUCAACAGCCAUGCACUCCUUUUGUUAAGAAAAAAUCUGAGAUGUUUGGUUUUUCUCAAGGCUGCCUACCCAUGCAUAGAUGGGAUGAACUCAAUGGUUUCUUCAAAAAAGCCGGAGCUGUAAUCAUUUUUGGGCUGAAUGCCCUUAAUGGAAGGGUUCAUUUGCCAGGUGGUUCUUUAGGAGGACCCUGGAACUCCACCAACGCUGCAUCUUUUAUUCACUACACUGUCAAUAAGGGUUACACUAUCCAUGGUUGGGAGCUUGGAAAUGAAUUAAGUGGAAGUGGAGUUGGAGCUAGAAUUGGGGCAGAUCAAUAUGCUGCAGAUGUGAUCUCCCUUAAAAAAAUUAUUGAUGACAUAUACCAAGGUUUCCCUCAUAAGCCACUGGUACUAGCACCAGGGGGUUUCUUCGAUGCUAGCUGGUUCAAUGAACUCAUCAAAAAAACAAAACCCCACUCAUUGGAUGCGAUCACCCACCACAUAUAUAAUCUGGGAGCAGGUGUCGAUAAGCACUUGGUUGAUAAAAUUCUUAAUCCCUCGUAUCUUGAUGGUGAAGCGAGCACAUUCAGAAAUCUCCAAGGAAUUCUCCGAAGUGCAGGCACUUCAACCACUGCUUGGGUUGGUGAAGCUGGAGGAGCUUACAAUAGCGGCCACCAUCUUGUCACAGAUUCAUUUGUGUUCAGCUUCUGGUACUUGGAUCAGCUUGGCAUGUCAUCGACAUACAACACUAAAAGUUAUUGCAGACAAUCCUUGGUUGGUGGAAACUAUGGCCUACUCAACACAGCGACGUUCCAUCCGAAUCCUGAUUACUACAGUGCUCUUUUGUGGCAUCGACUGAUGGGAAGCAAAGUCCUAUCAACAAACUUCACAGGAACAAAGAGUAUACGGGCAUAUGCACAUUGUGCAAGAGAAUCCCUAGGGAUUACACUGCUACUGAUCAAUCUCAGUGGCAAAACUACUUCUCAAGUUUUUGUUACCACUGCAUCUGCCUUUACUAUAGCAUUGAAGCAUCACAUUCCUAGGACAAGGUUCAACCAUAUAACUCGACUUGGGAGAACGCUUGCAUUUAUGAGGGAAGAAUACCAUUUAACAGCCAAGGAUGGGAACUUACACAGCCAAGCCAUGCUGCUGAAUGGCAACAUCUUGUCUGUAGAUUCAGAAGGGAAUUUCCCUACACUCAAACCCAUGGAAGUUGAUGCGUCACUACCAAUAACACUUGCCCCAUUUUCUAUUGUUUUUGUCCACAUUCCCCACUUUCAUGCUCCUGCUUGUGGGUAGCUUCUUGUUGCAUCAUGUACUGAGAGGCUGGACUGCUAAGUGGUCCAUUCUUGAUCCGGCUUUAAGGCUAUGAGGUUUGUAAUUCAUUGCUAAAAAUCUUUGAUCAAAUAAUAAAUGAAAAGGAAAAAAAAAAGGAGAAGGGAAAUGAUUUGCA